CUUCAUUUAAAGCGAAAUUUGUUACGACCCAACGACGUUAAUAAAGAAUCAGACAUAAGUGGCAAAAGAGGGACGUAUUUCGUAAAAUAUGGGCGAAAAUUCGGACGAAAUGAAGUGUAAAUAAUAAAAUUUAACGUUCCAUAAACUGAGAACAUUAAAAAUUAAAAUGAAUUAAAUGAAUUUAUUAAAAACUAACAACGAGUGCAGUUCCCAGUGAAUAAUAGAAAAAGUGGUAAAAGUGAAAGAAAUAAAGCAAGAACUUUUGGGCUCAAAAAUAUCUGAUACACGGACGUGGCUAGAUAAUUAUUUACGUGAAAUUUAUGUUAAAAAGCUGUGGCGCACGUAUCUUAAUAAAAAGCGAAGAAACUGCAAUUUACAAUAUGAAAUGGAAUACAAAUGAACUUACAGAUUAAUUUAAAUAUUUCGUUGAUGCAACACUAGUGCCAACGACUCGACCUCUACCACUCCUUGCUCCCGUCAUAACAAACCCUCCUUUACAUUUGUGACAUUCACAGCCAAAAGAACUGAAUGCCCCCAAAACGUUCUAGUCAGCAUAAACCAUUUGACGACGAUAAAAUCAAGCACAGCAUACGAAAAACAGUUAUGUUGCAAGAUAAGUGUGGCAUGUGUGACAAGAAUUACGAUUGUGGUUUAGGAAGGGAAAACAAGCAAAAAUUGCAGGAAUUCAAAGAGUGAAAAACUUCAAGGUUACCCUGCCGGUAUUUGCUACAAAGCGCAGCUGCACAAUGAGGCAGGCAAUAAUUCUGACUAACACAAGGUUGCAACAAAGUUCAGUAAUAAAAAGUUAUGUGAAAUUCUCGAUAAAGAAAUUUAAACACGGGAAAACUGUUAAGCAAUGUAAACGCCAGACACAUGUUCGAAGUGGAGAAUUAUGUAAGCGUAGUUAUCAAGUAGAAGUAAAUGGUGUGGCAAGAAAUGCAAUACAACAGAAAAGGUGCAUAUGUAAGUCAAAUGAGACUGUGCGCAGUGAAAUAAAAACUAGCGCAGGAAUAAUAGGAAAAUGUAGGCAAACAGGAUUGAGAAAAUACCUUCAAGACGGUUUAACUAAAAUGCCGGAGAAAUCGUUAGCAAACGAACGCUUUCUAUUAAGGGAGAACACCAACGAAGCACAAAAGCUUGCAGUACAAAUAAAUCAACAGAGUAAAUUUCAGAAAAAUCUAAGAAUAUUUGAUGAACACAAAUUUCACUUUGAGUCCCACAAUACCAAAUCCGCAAUAACUCAUCAAGUAGGGGCUCGAGCUGUAAACGAAGCUGAAGCAAAACUGCCUAACUGUGAUCAAACUCAAACCAAAGAGCCAACUUCUACGCAGCAGCAAGCAGUGAUUUAUAACAAAUCGGCAAUGCCACAAGAGCGACCAAACUGUGAACAAAGAAAAACACAACAAGACAGAAAAAUCAAAACUCUUCCAAACAGUUUGCAAGAUCUAACAGAUGUUGCAACUCUCAACCCAACCCAACAAAGAUAUUACAAAGAGCCGCGCUGGCCGCUCCAACACUGCAACACAAAAGAACGGCGAACUCAAACAAAAAUGCUCACUAAUUACCGAUCUCAAGCCGUAGUUUCCGACCAAGCCAACUUAGUGCAACAAAAUGAAGUCAAUCUAGCAGUAAAUUUACAUAAUACAACCCGAGAUCAACUGCGUACCAAUCACCUUUUGACACAUACAAACUGUAACCACAAAUUAACACGCUUUUCUUCGAAACAUUUCCCAACUUCAAUUCCAAUGCACGAAUGGCACACAGACGUCAACAGUGCCAACUUUUGGUUUUGCUACCGAACAACGAACAUUAAUACUUACACUUCUGACCAGCAACAAGCCGCAAAGCACGCCCGAAACGGUAUACAAACAGCUGCAGCACGCUUUCAUAAUCAAGCAGCAGUCCGAACAAACAAACACACCGAACUUCAACAGAAAUCGUUCACUACAAUACCAAUCAAGUUACUGUUUUUGGCGUUUUUUGGCAAUUGGCGUGAUUGGUUUUUUCGUUGUGCAGCAACAAGACAGCGCGUACAAACACAACGACCUGCACGACCACACAUUGCAACAGCGGCAACAUUUUGCGUGAACGCCAUCACCUCCAGCACCUCCAGCACCUCCACUACAUCAGCAAACCAACUGCAUACGAAACGUUUGCGCGCACGACGCCUGCCUGGCUUGUUAUUCAUCAGCACGCUACUACUGUUCCUUUUAUCCGCACUCCCAAGCGUGCACGCCGCCUGUCGCAAAGAGCCCGCCCGUACUUGUGAGUCCAUCUGUACGCCCGGUAGCCUCAAUUGCACACUGCGCGCACUCUUACUCCUGCCCGACGAUAAUGCCUACACGGCUUCGAUGUGUCGCACAAUGCCCGUGUUGGAUUUGGCGGAUCAAUAUAUACGCGAAAAUAGUUUGUUGCCACCGCAAGUGAACUUGGAAUGGAUGACAGGCGAUGUGAAAUGUGAUGCUGCGUAUGCCUCGAUUAAAGCCAUGGAUGGCAUCGUCAAGAAUUGUGCACAUGUGGUCUUUGGUCCGGUGUGUGAUUAUGCAUUGGCCGCUGUCAGCCGUAUUGCUAAAUACUUCAAUAGUAACGGUACACCGGUUAUAUCAAUUGGCGGUGCCACUGACAGUUUUGAGGAUAAGAAAACAACAUGCGCAGAUGAAUUUUAUAUGUUAGUACGUGCGGGUGUACUCAGUUUUAAAAGUCUCUCGCUGAUGAUAAUUGAACUUAUGAAACGCUAUAAUUGGUCCAAUUCAAUUGCUUUUUAUGAGCGAGACGGUCAGAGCAACAUCGUCGGUGAGCAUAGUUGCUAUUUGAUGAUGAAAAGUUUUGGUGAUGAAAUGCGUAAUCUGAAUUUGACAUUUGCGCAAUAUUCAAUAGUGCCGGAGCUGCGCAAUCGCACCGAGGAACUGGUGCGUGAAAUUGGCAAUAAACACACAAUUGUCAUUAUGUGUGCGGAACCGGAGAAUAUUCGGCGAAUUAUGUUGACCGCCGAGGAGUUGAAUAUGGUCGAUAGUGGCGAAUAUGUAUUUAUUAAUAUUGAAAUGUUCUCUCGUGCCUCGCACAUCACCUGGAAGCCUUGGUAUGAUAAGAAUGAUACAAUAGAAAAUAAUGAGCGUGCUCGGAAGGCAUAUACAGCCAUAUUGACGUUAACGCCGAAACAGCCAAAUGAUGAGGAUUAUACAAAAGUCUCAAAUAAGAUCAAAUCCAUCGCCACUGAGAAAUACAAUUACACAUUCCAAGAAAAUGAAGAUGUCUCUGCUUUUGUCACCUCCUUCUUUGAUGGCGUGCUACUCUAUGCGAAAGCACUUAAUGACAGUAUACGUGAUGAUCCCACAGUACUCACACGCCCCAUUAAUGGCACAGACAUCGUGCGGCGUAUGUGGGGUCGCAGUUUCAAGGGUAUUACCGGCAAUGUAACUAUCGAUAAUAACGGUGAUCGCAUCUCAGCGUAUUCCUUGCUGGAUAUGAAUCCACAUACUGGACAUUUUGAAAUUGUUGCGGAUUUUAUGCACAAUCGCUUGGACUUUGUGCCCGGCAAAGAGAUACACUGGGCCGGCGGUCGUAAGGAGCCGCCACCUAGCACACCAAUUUGUGGUUACGAUGGCUCAUUGUGUCCAGAUAAUUCACUCCCCGGUUAUGCAAUACUCUCCAUCAUACUUGGUGUUGUCGUCGUGCUCAUGACUGUUGGUUUCUUUUUCGGUUAUCGACACUACAAAUCAGAAGCGGAAAUAAAUUCUAUGACAUGGAAGAUUUCUAUAAGUGACUUGGUUUGUCCGGAUUUGGCUGGGCGCGGCAUACGCGGCUCUUUUCACUCACUUGUGCGGCACAGUUCACAAUUGACACUCAUGUCCGAAGAUUUACGUUCACUGUGUGGUGAUCGUCAAAUCUUCAUACCAGUUGGUAUGUAUCGUGGUUGUGAGGUAGCCAUUAAGGCUAUCGAAAAUCGUCAAAUUAAUUUAACACGUUCGCUAAUGCUCGAACUGAAGAGUAUGAAGGAUCUACAACAUGAUCAUCUAGUGAAGUUCUAUGGCGCAUGUUUGGAUCCGCCAAAGCGCUUUCUGCUCACCGAAUACUGUCCAAAGGGUUCACUCCAGGAUAUACUAGAGAAUGAACAAUUCCAGCUGGACUGGAUGAUUAAGUUAUCCCUAAUGCAUGAUAUUGUGCGUGGCAUGCAUUUUCUACACAACUCAGUCAUACGAUCGCAUGGCAAUUUAAAGUCGUCCAAUUGUGUGGUCGACUCACGAUUUGUUUUGAAAAUAACCGAUUUUGGUUUGCAUACAUUAAAGCGGGUACGCCCGGAAGCUGUGGAAAAUGACGUCGAAGAUUGUAAUAGUCAUGCGUAUUGGAGUAAAUUAUUUUGGACGGCACCGGAAUUGCUUAAAAUGGAAAACAAUGGUCCACCGGAGGGUACACAGAAAGGCGAUGUGUAUUCUUUUGGCAUAAUAGUACAUGAGAUCAGUACAAGACAGGGACCAUUUUAUUUGGGAAAGACUGAAUCGGAAAAAUCACCGAAAGAAAUUAUUCAACUAGUCAAAAGUUAUCCAGAACAAAUAUCUGCACCGUUUCGUCCAUUUAUCGACAAUCUUGAUGGUUACCUUGAUAUAAAUAACCUCAUGAUCAAGUGUUGGGCCGAGGAUCCUUUGGAACGGCCAGACUUUAAUGCACUGAAAUCAAUAAUACGGCGCAUAAAUAAAGACAACGAAACGGGCAACAUCGUCGAUAAUUUACUCAAACGCAUGGAGCUUUACGCCAAUAAUCUGGAAGAGCUCGUCGAAGAGCGUACGCAAGACUAUAUUGAAGAGAAGAAGAAAUGUGAAAAGCUGUUGUAUCAACUGCUGCCGCAGAGUGUAGCAGCACAGCUAAUCAGCGGUCAACCUGUUGUGGCCGAGACCUUCGAUCAGGUCACCAUUUACUUUAGUGAUAUAGUCGGCUUUACCGCCAUCUCCGCAGAGAGCACACCCCUGCAGGUGGUGCAAUUCCUCAAUGAUCUCUACACCUGUUUCGACUCAAUUGUUGAGAACUUCGAUGUCUACAAAGUGGAAACAAUUGGCGAUGCCUAUAUGGUUGUCUCCGGCCUGCCAAUACGCAAUGGAAACCAACAUGCGCGCGAAAUAGCUCGUCUAGCUUUGGCCUUACUCGGCGCUGUGCAUAAAUUUCGUAUACAUCACCGGCCGCAGGAUCAACUGAAACUGCGCAUUGGCCUGCAUACUGGCGCGUGUGUGGCGGGUGUUGUUGGUCUCAAGAUGCCACGUUAUUGCCUCUUUGGGGACACAGUAAAUACAGCGUCACGUAUGGAGUCGAAUGGUGAGGCGCUACGCAUACACAUUAGUGAGAACACAAAACUAGCGUUAGAUGAUUUUGGCACUUUCAUAACCACUCAACGUGGCUAUGUGCCUAUGAAGGGUAAGGGAGAAAUGCUCACCUAUUGGUUGGAGGGCGAGAUGUCAAAACCGGAAUCUCCUUCGAUGCCCUCGCAACAAAUGCUGCUCUCCCGUCGAUCAUCGUUAAAACACCCGCCUCAACGUUAUAGCGUCAUGUUGCAAAAGCAACAAUCAGAGAUCUCAGAAACCAUGCCAACUUCACCAACGCCGAUAGCGGUACAGAAUGAUAUUAAAGGUACGCCAACGCUGCGUGUGAAACGGAAAAUUUCAUCGUCUUCUCCAAAAUUAAAUGGCAACGAAUUUAAACCCGAAGACUUCAAUUACUAUCUUGACAAUUCGAAGCAAAAUAGCAAAGAUAAUCACUUUCUGUCCAUUUCUAAGUCACCCGGUCUCAACGGAGACAUCUGCGGUAGUCGCUCCCUGCGUGAGCCCCGUAAAGAGAGUAAUAAUGAAUUAGCCAAUUUACGGCUACCAUUAUCUGGCACACUCAAAAAUCACAACAACAAUCUUGCAAAUCACCAUCGCAACAGUUUUACUCAACUCCUGCAAUCCAACUCGAAUUCAAAUCUGAGUGGUGUAUUACAACCCACAGUUUCUGCGGUGACACGCUCACGCCUAAAGCCAUCACCGACCAUUUCAACAUUGGUAUCACAUGAACGUGCCGACACUAACAGUAUACAGAGUGGUCAACGGAUCAAAUUUCAAAUAACCAGCGAGGAUCAAGACCAAGAUGAAGCUCCAACAAAUGGCAUGGUUAAUUCAAAUGCUACAGCGCAACUUCUAACACGGCAUUCAUUAGAAGAUGACGCUUCAGCAAGGUGUAAUCCUUACAGUGAUGUGGACGACGAUGAUGACCUGGCGGCGUUAAGCAAUCACUUGAACAGCAGUAAAGCACAUUUGUUGGUAGCUGACACGGCCAGUAAUGAGGCGGCAAAGAGAAAUGGUUGUGGAGGAGGUGGCGGUGUCAGUGAUGGUGGCAGUGAUGGUGGCGGUGUAGGCGAUAUUAGUUCUACUGGUGAUAAUAGUCUAUACAGUAUAAGCAACAGCAACAAUAAUAGCUACAGUAACAUUGUUAAAGCAAAUAAUGCAAAAAAUCUACAUCUUAUUGGGAAAAGUGUGCCGCAAAAAGACUACCUUCUUGGAACAGGGGGUGGCAGCGGUGCAAAUAUAGUGGUGGGCGGUGUAGGUGCUGCGGUAACGGCAGCAGCCCCUGUAGUGGAUGGCGUAGCGCAGCCGCUGUUGGGCAAAAUCAACUACUAAAUUGAAAUAAAACUUUAUUUAAGAAGGUAUUUAAUUAGCGUAGAAAUAAGAGAAGGAACUUAUUUUUACGUAUGAAAGACGUACAUGAAUUUGUAUUGUAAGGUAUCUCCGCUAAGUAGCUAUUUGAAAUUUCCCAAAAUAAUAAGUCAGAGUUGUUUGUGUAAUCGAUAACAAUCAAAAUGAAAAACUGCAUCUUGUCUGAAUGUUUGUCUCUAUUGAAUGUGUUGUAAAUUAAAAUAUACAAAUGAUCAUUAUUUAGCCAAUAAUCGCAAAAUCAAAGUAUUUUUAAUGAAAUAAUCUCAUUGAUUGAGUGAGAAAACCACUUUUGCUUUGAAAAUUAUUUUUAUUUAUCCGCCAUGUGAGAAUAAAUUAUUGUUAAAUAUUUGAACUAAAUAUAGAUAUAUUAAAAUGUGAUCCAAUUAAAAAUUAGCAAAUACUAUGAUACUUGGACUCAGUACGUUUUAAAACUUAUAAAUAUAUAUAUAUAUAUAUUACAAGUAGAAUGGGUUUUGAAAAUUGCUCUUUCAUACAAUGAUUUUAAAACAAAUAACAUAUUUUCAGAUUUCAGAUUAUGGUUGCUGUAGCGAUUGUUGUAAUAGUUGUAUUUAUAUACAUAUAUAUAAAUAACACAUGAAUUUAAUUAUGUAUAAAGAAAAUUAUAUUAAAAUAUAUCUUUAAAUCGGUCAUCAAAAAUAGUUUCUAAGUUAAAUUUGCUUUGUUCCAUGUAGAAAAUAUUUGAAUUUUAAAAACAUAUGUGUAUUUUUAAUAUUUAUCCAGUGGCUGUUCUCAAUAACUUUAACAAAUACUUAUAUAUAUGUGUUAAAUAUAGAUAAUUACAUUUUAAGUUGUAUUUAUUUUUAUACUUAAUUAUCGUGUAGAAUAAUUAGAAGCAGUUUUAA